AUGGCGUUCCUUGAAGGACCAUCUUUAAAACAGGGGGAAAUGAUAAAACAGGAACUUGGAGAAGGGCCCGACGAUCUAGAGAGGGGUGUUAGGGACCUCCGAAGUAUGUGUGCAGCAAACCCUUAUUUGCCACAGGCAGAAGCUUUAGAAACGCAGUUGUUACAAGUAUUUCUAAGGGGAUGCCGUAUGGACUUUGAAAGGGCACGAAAAAAACUAGAAACAUUUUGUUACGCACGUUCACGUUUCAGGGAUCUUUACGAACAUCGGUCUCUUACGGAACCACCGCUAAAUGAAGUUUGCAAAUUUUUAGACAUAGUGCCUCUUCCCAAACUGACAGACGAAGGGCUUCGGGUGACGAUCUUUAGAGUGCGACCAAACUAUCCGGAAAGCGCAGCAGAAAUUAACGCAGCUGUUCGCGCGAUUCUGCUCAUAUGCGAUGUUCGCUUGCAUGAUGAAACACUAAUCGCCGGUGAUGUUUUUAUAUGGGAGGCCUCUCACGUGCGGGCAUCCAUCGCCGCCCGCGUGGCGGCCUCGGCGAGCUCAGUACGCCGCAGCAUACAGCUGGCGCAAGCUGCUUACCCGCAGCGAAUGCGCCGUAUUCACGUCGUUGGAGCACCUACGUUGGUCGCCUCCUCCUUGAACCUUAUGCGUGCGUGCGUCAAUGAGAAAAUUAGAAAACGGUACUACUUGCAUUCGAAAACGGAGGAGCUGUUAGAACAUUUUCCAGCGCGAGUGUUGCCUAUUGAGUGGGGAGGUGAGGAGGAGUCGAUCGAAAUACUGAAUAAGAAAUGGCGUCGUCGAGUAGAUGAAGUGAGAGAUUAUCUUCGCGACUUAAGCGAAAUAUGCAAUGUAUGCCCGGAUACACAAUACGACAAUGACAUCUAUGGCGUUGUUGGAUCCUUCAGGAAAUUAGAUAUCGAU